AGGCCACGAUAAGUACAUUAUGAAUUGUACUUGAAAAAAAGUGAGUAAAUUGGGAAUUUAGACAAAGCAUUACGACACAGCAGAAGCUUCCUAUAAACGUGAUUGCGUGAAUUUCAAAUCAACUAUAAGUAGGUAAUAUUGAUUUGUGAACUUGUAUAAACAAAUUAAAAUAAGUUGGAGUGAUGAAUUAAUUAAAGAGAGCAGAGAGAAAUUACAGAAUCAAUGAAGAUUCCAGGAGUGACAACACUAAUGGUAACAGUUCAGUGCUUGGAAGUGGGUUUGAACACAUUAAUCAAAGAAGCCACAGCCAAAGGAAUGAGUGACUUUGUUUUCGUUGUGUAUUCAAAUGCCAUGGCCCUCUGUUUCCUUCUACCUUCUGCCUUUAUCUAUUACAGAAAGAGAGGUUUCCUACCAAUCACAAGGGCAGUUGUCUCCAGAAUAUUUCUUCUUAGCAUGGUUAGCUGUUGUGAACAGACGUUGAUGUAUACUGGUAUUGGAUAUAGCUCUCCUACAUUGGCUUCAGCUAUGGUGGAUCUCACUCCAGCUUUUACCUAUAUUGUUGCUCUCAUUUCCCGGUUGGAAAAGCUUAACAUGAAACUACGGAGUGGCAAGGCAAAAAGCAUAGGCACUGUGGUCUCAAUUGUAGGGGCAUUGGUGGUGACCCUACACGAAGGCUUCCCAUUAACAAGUCACCGUGGUCCGACGCAUAACAUCGUCGUCUCGGGUGAAAACUUAAUUCCUGAACCAUCGGAUUGGGUGCUCGGAGGCUUCCUUCUUUCGGCCGGCAGCUUCUGUCUUUCGCUCGUCUUCAUUGUCAAGACAUGGAUUAUCAAGGAUUACCCUGAAGAGUUAAUGGUAGCAACAAUUUCUUGUAGUUUUGUGAUCAUCCUUUCAAGUAUAGUAGCUCUCAUUGUUGACUCAAGUGCACAAGCAUGGUUGCUCAAACCUGACACAGAGUUGAUAGCUAUAGUGUAUUCAGGAACAUUUGUUGUGUCAUUGCGUAGCAUUGUGCAUAUAUGGGCAUGUAGAAAAAGAGGACCUGUGUAUGUUGCUAUGUUCAAUCCUUUGGGGAUGGUAAUUUCACUUGCCAUGGGGGUCACAUUUCUUAAGGACACGCUCUAUCUAGGAAGCAUAAUUGGAGCUGGUGUUAUAGCUCUUGGGUUUUAUGGCGUGAUAUGGGGGCAGGAUCAAGAAGAAAAGAUGGUAGAUGAGAAAAAUAAUGGAAGAUGUGACUCUGUGUCAUCAUCUUCUUCUACGGCUCCUUUGUUGCAAAACAAGAGCAUUCAUGUAUAGAAGCCAUUCUAGGUUACAUGCUAUGAUGGGAAAUUAAACAAAAGUCAUGUAUCUCAAAGACAAAUGGGUUUCACAAUAAUUGACAUAUAUUCACUCACAACUAAUUAUUUUAUCACAAUAAUAUAGCUUUUAUAGCUUUACAAAAUGUGUAAAACCCUGAAAAAUA